GCCCGAUUCCUUAACCGCUCAGCCAUCUGACCCCCCUGUUAUUGUAAACCUGUCUGCUCUGGGACAGUGUCUACAGUGGAGAGACUGAAAUCAGUUGCACGUGUGUGUCCCAGUAGCAUGUUUUGGGGUUAGGCUUAACCCUUACCUGAUGUCAAACAACUUUUUAACGGGCUUUCAGCUCCGAACCAAUACUCAACCUCUUCAUUUGACAUUUUAUUGUAAUUGUCAUUUAGCAGAUUUUUACAAUUAAGAAGUGAAAUCUUGUACCUCAUAGCUCUCUAUCAAUGCUUUUCAUCCCACCAAACCCUUGCCUUUUCCAUGUCCCUCCCUGAGCGGUUUGUUGAAGUGGUCGACGUCAAACUAGCGUCAAGAUAAGAUUUGAAUGGAAAGGGGUUUCAAACACUUGAAUUAAUUAUUUGUCAGGAAGGACCCCUGGCUGCUUGGUCUCACAAGAGGAUGUUUCUCCUUCAGCUCUCAAUAGCCUCCAUUGUUUCUCUGUAGGCUUUCUUCUGCCAAUUGAGCAGCCAUAGUUUGUUGUUGCUUAAUAAAAGGGGAGCUUUAAUCAAAUGUAGCGAGACUCUGUGUGAUCUAACAUGAUAUGCAUCCGAAAUGUACACAUCAUAGUUAUGUGAUGACGAUCCACACACACCUGCAUGCACACAUACUGUACAUGUAGAAGAGGGGGGGGAGGUCCUCAAUAUACUGUACGAUACAAAGCCAGGACAUACAGCGUAAGGUUGGGCCUCACUGUGCUGUGUGGAAUGUAAAAUCCCAUAACACCGUUUUUAUUUGAAAACUUGCUCCUUGACCUUGAAAACACGUCUUCUGAGAGGUAAGCUGUGUAGGUUUCUUAGAUGAAGGAUGAAAUUCUUAGAGAAUUCCUGGAACAAUAGUGUUUUUCUUCUCAUGAAAAGGAAAAAAAACAAACCUCAAAUUUGCUCGGGCCUCGUCUUUGAAAGGUAAAGGUCGAGCAAGCUGGGCCAUGACGCUAGCAGUUCUGGCGUGUCUCCAGCAAAGCCCCCACUAAAGGAAGGAGUGUUGUGAAGGGACGCACAUUUGUCUGAAGAAGGGUUGGCCUGAUGAGGUAUUCACUGAGAGCAGAAAGUCAAUCCCAGAAAGCAUAUCACUGAUACGGUAUAUGAAUACACAAAUGAGUUAUUUCAAGUCAUGGAAGAACUUCAUGAGAAAUGAGGACUCCUAGCCAGUCAGUCUUUUUCGCUCGCUCACUCACCCACUCGCUCACUUGCUCACUCAGGUAUGAAGUUAAUGAAAUCACCGGACAGUUGUGUCCUAGGGGUGCAGGACACUGUUAGGAUUUAGACCAUUACUGACACUGUAUGUGCUGCAGGCUGGUAGCUAUUCAAACCAGGCCACUGAGAGACUUGAAGCUCUGCUUUCAGAGCCAGCGCAAUGUACAAUGCCUACAGUUCUGGUAGUGCUGGUGAGCAUUGAAUUCUUGUGUCAUUUUUUGAAAUUUAGUCAGGAUUUUUUUUUUAUAUACCUAAUUUGUUAUAUUUACCCUCUAAUUUCUAUAUUUUCUUUCUGUUAACGAUGCAAGAGUCGUUUUUCAAGAUGCCUAUUCAACAACUGAAUUGCAUUAGCUUGGCAAAGACGACAUCUGCCAUUUGUUUUCCAAGCAAUUAUGAUCAUCAUCACGCAAGUGCACCUCUCGUUCAGCCAGGCUUUAUUCUCUAAGUCUUUGUCACGGCACAGCCAAGAUAUGUAGAUCCCAAACAGGCCUGCUGCUGACGCUUGUCUAUCUUCAUUUUCCCUCACUCCUCCUCUCAGUGCCACAUAAUCCGUUUUGGUGUACAGUACAGAGACAAACACCGUAGCACUAGUUCAUGUCAUGCGCUCACACAACCAUCGUGAACAGCAGGUGUUGUCUAUGCCCUUAAAAUGCAGGUGCUCCUAUUUCCUGCCAGGUUACGUCAUCCGAGCUCACCAGAAACGUAACCCUGUAAGUCAAUAGACCGAUCGACAGACCUUAGUUCUGUUUCCUCCAACCGUGCCGACCCAAUCAGAAAGAAGCUUCUGGGCCGAAUGCCAAGCCACUGUUUGUGUAUGACCUUGGAUGAAGGUGCCUUGGGGUUUACUCGAGGAAAACUCGGACCAGAUCGCCCUCUCCUUCUGUGUCUUACACACACGCGUACACACAUUGCUGUGCAAUAUCUUUGAGCACUAAUCAUCCAUGUAAUUGAGAUUAUUUGAAUCAACAGGCUGAUGUAGUCUCUGGCCAGAAGCCACCAUAUUCUCCUGCUAGCUCUACUGCUUAUCUAACCUUAGAUGCUGUUUUUGUAGUUUUCAAGUACAGGUAGGGGAGUUUCACAUAGCACAGAGGUGACUGUUAUUCUGCUCAACAAUGGGUUUCAGGAGUGGCUUGUGAUUGGCUCGUUGGAGGACACAUCCCUGGUGUGUGUGUGUGUGUGGUGCGUCUCCACAGUGUCAGCUGACAUCUCGUUGUCAAGCAGAGAAAAGGCAGUAGGACACUUAAUUAAGUGUACCCGAUGGUGUGGGUGUGUGAAUUAAUAUACAUUCUUAAGGGACAACACCAGACACACAGUUCAGACACAUUUUGUGUCUGUUUAUUAGUUUGAUAGUUAUGUCACUGCACUUUUUUUUAACCUUAAUUUAGUGUGUUUUGGUCAUUUUAUUCAGACUUAACCAUCUAGGCCUCUUAAGGGUCCCAAGACCGGUUUAUGGAAUGGCGUCACGUUCAAUCAAUCAUGCCUCCUAUCUACAUAAAGGGCUACAGCCAACCGAUAAUCAGAUUACAGUGGAUUAUAGUUUAGAUAUUUUUGAAAUACAUAGGCCUACUCUCUCAUUUUAAUUUAACCCUAACCGAUGUGAAUCUGCACUGGGGAUUAAGUGUGUUUGUAAACUGUGCAAACAAUCAUUGUUCAUUGUAUCACCAGUUCAGCAGGUUUGUUCAAGCAUUGUCAAGGUGAGAGAAAACAUAAAUCACGUUGCCUGGUUUCAUUAUUCAUGUACCAACGGCCAGGUCGAGCCUCUUAGCCAAUUAUCUGCGUUGACAGUCGAGACGGGGUUUACUAUGAAUGAGGCUCCACUGGUCUGGUUUGGGAUCGGGUACGGAACCGGGGAGGAACGUGGCAGAGACACUUCCAUAAUUGAUGCUCGGGGGAGGAAAACACGGUUGUCAUGGUUGCUCUUUCAAAGGCUUGUAUUGAAAUUAAAACACAAAAGAUUUAUGUACAAGUCUAGUGCGCGCAGGACUCAUUGGUGCCUUCAUGUGCACGCAGAAGAUAACUUGAUUCUCAACAACACGGUUGUGGAGGAUAAUUCUGGUGAAUUCCAAAUCUGGUUACACUUUGCCAACUCUCUCUAGUGAUAGCCGAACGUUGAGUCGGGGCCAGUGAUGCCACCCCCCUCCUCAGGUCCGCCCGCCGUGCCCCCACCAGACGGGGGCUGGGGCUGGGCUGUGGUGCUUGGAGCCUUCAUCUCCAUCGGCUUUUCAUACGCCUUCCCCAAAGCCAUCACCGUCUUCUUCAAAGACAUCCAGAAGAUCUUCGGGGCUUCCUACAGCCAGAUAGCAUGGAUCUCCUCCAUCAUGCUCGCUGUCAUGUACGCUGGAGGUCCUAUAAGCAGUAUCCUGGUGAACACGUAUGGCUGCCGGCCUGUCAUGAUCAUGGGAGGCAUGCUGUGUUCUUUGGGGAUGAUCUCUGCAUCCUUCUGCAACAACGUCAUGCAGCUUUAUUUCUGCAUUGGUGUCAUCGGAGGGCUGGGUUUGGCCUUCAAUCUCCAGCCUGCGUUGACGAUGAUUGGCAGGUAUUUCUUCAAGAAGCGCCCCAUCGCCAACGGCCUAGCCAUGGCCGGCAGUCCGGUGUUCCUGAGCACCCUGGCUCCUCUGAACCAGUGGCUGUUCAACUUCUUUGGCUGGAGAGGAAGCUUCCUCAUCCUGGGGGGGCUGCUGCUCAACUGCUGCGUGGCCGGGGCCCUGAUGCGGCCCCUGGGGCCCCCGCCGAGCAAGGCGAAGAAAGACGAGGAGCUGGCCCUCACCGCCAAGACCACGGCCAAGAAGGAGAAGGCCACAGCCUGGCAGACGGUCAACAAGUUCCUGGACCUGUCGCUCUUCAAGCACCGCGGUUUCCUCAUCUACUUGUCGGGCAACGUCAUCAUGUUCCUGGGCUUCUUCUCGCCCAUCGUCUUCCUGGCGGCCUACGCUAAGGACAUGGGCGUGGACGAGUACUCGGCCGCCUUCCUGCUGUCCAUCCUGGCGUUCGUCGACAUGUUCGCGCGCCCCUCCAUGGGGCUGCUGGCCAACUCCAAGUGGGUCCGUCCCAGGAUCCAGUACUUCUUCAGUUUUGCCGUCCUCUACAACGGCGUGUGCCACAUCCUCUGCCCGUUUGUGGAGAACUACACGGGCCUGGUGGUGUACGCCGUGUUCUUUGGGUUUGCGUUCGGCAUGGUCAGCUCGGUGCUGUUUGAGACCCUCAUGGACCUGGUUGGGGCCCAGAGGUUCUCCAGUGCCGUGGGCCUCACCACCAUCGUGGAGUGCUGCCCGGUUCUCCUCGGACCUCCACUCGCUGGCAAACUGGUAGAUGUCACCAAGAAUUACAAGUACAUGUAUUUCUGCUGUGGUGCCGUGGUGAUCGUAGCCAGCAUCUGGUUGUUCAUCGGGAACUUCAUCAACUACAGACUCCUAGAGAAGGAGCGUAAGCAGGCGGAGAUGUACAAGCGGACUGAGACGGACGACCCUGACCAGGAGCAGAAGGAGGCGGACGGGGAUUUGCAGGCAUCAGAGAGCCUGGCCAACAACGGACCAAAGGACGACGACGCUAUGCAGCGGGAGACCAACAUCUAGAACGUUCUCUCUUCUGCCUUGCCCUGCCAACACCCCCACACCCUCCCCCCCACGCCCCCCCAACACACCAACCCACAUACCUGCUGCCAUCACCACGCCCUCCACGAAUAUCAGACGGUUCCUAGAGGGCAGGCCAGCGGUUCCCGUUCAACUCGCUCCGUUCCGAUGUCCAUUCAGGGUCUCCGCGCUAGGAGCUUUCCACACUCCGCUCUUUAACUGCCAAAGUGACGAUGACGCGUGUUGCGUCGUGAGGCGCAUUUCUCAAUGGAAAAAGGACUGUCAUGAAUACUAUGGAUGUGUCAGCUGGGAAGAUCAUGUACAAUAUGCAAGGGAGAGACUCAGGAAGCUGUUAAUGUGGGAGAAUGAAUCAUGUCAUAUAUCUAGGAAUCUGUGAUUUAAGAACGCAAUGUGUAUUUUAAGUCUCCGCCACUAAACCUACAGUGUCACGCACCUCAGUAAUAUGGGGAGGGUAUAGCUCAGUAGUUAGAGCACUUGACUGUGGAUCGAAAGGUCUCGGGUGCAAAUCUACCCCUGUACAGCAUAUUGCUUUGGAUAAUAGCUUUGUUUGGAUGAAUACACUAUUACUAGUAUUAACACAUUCAACUGACUGAGGUCAGGCACUUGAAGUUGUGCCAACGUGGUUUUAGUUGAUCUUCUGGUGCCCAUGUAUUAUGCUGCCCUAUAGAACUUUGUGUCAGCUGAACAACCCAGCUGACAUAGGUAAGAUAGAGGCCACACUGUAAUCUACCAGUGCAUAAUGCACACUGAGUCCACAUACGUAUGAAUAUAUGCUGUACCACUGUCAACGAGGCCCACUUGAGGCCCCAAUUAAGACCUCUUUUUUUUUAAACAAAUGCAAUCCAAUCAAAUCCAGUGAAUGUGAGGGUAAAUCUGCUCAUUAUCUGGCUGUCUUCAAUGGCCUUAACGAACACCUCCUGCCACCAACGUCCUCUAGGAAUAUAUAUUAAAGGUUAAUACCAAAUAUUUAACCCCAUGAGCAAUAUUACCUAUACUUAUCCAUCGCAUUAAAGCAUGUAUUUGACCAGGGAUAACUAUUAGUGUGGGACAUGGGGAUGGGUCAUUUUUGGGUAGUAGCUGUUUCACUUUCACCAAUGAUGCAUUGCCUUAAAUGAAAAAGAAUGCAACAAACUUGAUUCUGUAUCUAUAUAUAAAGUUAUAGUAUACACUAUUUAUUCAAGUGUUCUUGAACACUGUGAGUCUGAGACAUUGUGGACUUGUCUUAUCACCAGGAGUGUUCAUUCAUUACUCCUUAUGUGUUUGUAGUUCCACUCUCAUUAGAUGGACAUAUGUAAACAAUACCGGUGUUAAAUUAACACCUUGAAAUGUGAUGUGUAGAAUUCUCACAUCCAAUUGGUUUGUAUAGGAAAGCAUUUCUUACAACUUAGAAAGGUGUUUGAAGAAUGCUCAACAGCUGUUACUAUACUAACUAAUAACCUGUAACAUGUAAUCAUCUAUCUACUGUAUGUGCAUAUACUGUCAAACAGCCCAUUGCGUUAUAACACCCGUACAGUAUGUUAUUCAUGUGUAGUGUGAAAUUCAAAAAAGGAAAUAAGAGUUAUCAUACAUGUAAUUUUAAUUGUGUGGUUUUCAAUAACUUAACAACCAUAUUUAAAUAUAGUUCAGAAGAUUCAAUAUAGCUUACUGUACAAUAUAGUAUAAGAUGAUCUAUCUUUUGAUUUUUCUGAGCAUAUUAGUGAAGGAGUUUAACAUCUAUUUGCUUCUAGUAGAGGUGUUAACUUAACACACAAACACACAUUCUAGUUUACUAACACACUUUGUCAGCUAACAGCCAUUGUUCUAGAUCCAUUUUUUCUUGUUUGCCUCUAGCAUUUCAUAGUAUUUUAACAGUUCAGAGUAGACAGUAUUUUUUACAGUAUUAUGACAAUGUAAUUUUCUGUAGUUUUGUCUUGACUGUGGGCAAGAGAGCGCGUAACUGUCAUUUACGUCGCUAGUUGUCUAGUCAGCGUUUUACUUGCACAUGCAAAGACUAUACUCCUAGUCAUAGACAACAGGGUCAGCACAUGCAGUAGAUACUAAUGCAGGAAUGUACUGUACAAUAUUUAUAUACCAGGUAACACUGCCCCCUGCUGGUUUGAAAACCACCACAACUAAAGCAAAACUGAGCUUUCCACUCAUAAAAAAACCCUACAAAAACCACAUCUGGUGGUAUGGUUCUGGUUUGAUGGGGCUGAAUGCAGUUGAGUAUGUGUGGCAGUGGAGUCUUCUCUUACCCAUACCUGUUAACCUGAAUGGGUGUGUAAGAGAUGUUGCUUGCUGUCACUUGUACUUGAAAUUGUACAUCCAUGAUAAACUGAAUAAACACGUGCAUUUUUAUGCAGUUGUAGUAAAAGCGCUUGUAGGCAGUUAUUGUCUUUCUUUUUUUGUAGGCAGAAGAUUGUUUUUGGACACAGCCAUUGAGUGUAAAGUCAAGCUAUUGGAUCUAUUUCCUUUUUGUUUCUUUUUUUUUUUUUUACUGCAAUGUUACGAUGAUUUUUCAAUUAUAAGUUUAAAGUAAACCGCACAUUUUGAUACAAUGCUUAAAAUGUUCACUUUUAUUUUCUUUGUUUCACAGCAUUAUUAUCUAACGAUCUGGCUACUUGGCUACUACUUUGAUUUUGUCAAGAAAACUUGUAACUUUAUUAAGUAUGUCAAGUCUGAAUUAUGAGAAAUGUUCUUGAUUUCUUAUUGAAACGUGUGUUUGUCUGGGUAUGGUGUCAUCAUUAGCGGUCCUUACUUUAACUUGUUUUUAUUUCAUCAAAUCAGAUGAUCAAACGCUAUGCAUUCAAAAGGUAAAUACCUUUUUUGUUUUUGUUUUUUGCUCUUUACGCACACACAAAUGAUAAUUGUUUAUGUAAAUGUUGACAAAAUGAGGAAGUGAUGGCUGAUGUUCUUAUGUUAAUUCCAAUAUGGGCAAAGAAUCUUGGGUGCACAAAUCCGUGUCACUGCUUACUGUAUUGUUUGGUAAGUGAAAACAAAUCAUCUUCAACAUCAUAUGAACUUGAGACCAUACCUGUGGGAUACUUGAGCCACUAAGUAAGACUGAGCUGACAAAAUGUUCUUGGGUGGUUAAAGAGGAUUGAACAAACAAGGAUACAGUCCCUGUGGUAGGAGUGAAGCAACACAAACAUACCUGUAUAAACAAUUUAACAUGUUCUCUUGUAUUCUUUUGUUUAAUACAGUACAUUAAUAUAGACAUGAACAUGGGAAUCAUUUUGGAAUAACCAACUGCCACUGUGCGUAAAAGCUAAUGCUGUUAAUGUCACACUACUAUACAAGACGCAACUAAGAAUGCUAUUAAUAAGUUGGAUAAUGAGCUUACUGUGCCUUGUGAAACUCCCUUUUGAAUAUUCUGUUUGGAUAUCUAAGUUGUGUCGAAGAGUGACUCUUCUUAGUUGUAAACUAAGACAUGAUUCUAAUUUUGACAAGCCAUUUGUAAACAGACAUGCCAGAUUAAGGAACAUAACACAAAUAAUCUGCCAUUGUCUUCUUGAUGUUUACAAACAAGUCUCGUGAACAAUCCAUAUAGAAAACUGCUGUAUUCAGUAUUCAAUUUCUCAUUCUUUCAAUAUUUUCUUUAAUUGUAGAAGAACAGCAGACACAUUUCAAUAUGUUUGCCUUACAUAAGGGGUUAAGAACUCUCUGGUAAACUCAGUCUUGUCAGCUUAACGUCAUACUGCACGUGUUAUGCUAUUCUAGGGAGCCAAGCGCGCAUGAAUGUUUAUAAACAUCUGUUUGCAGGGGUUGUGUGUUCGGCAUAUGAAUGUGUAGAUCAAGUCAUUUUGUCACCAUUUUGUUUUUAAACUAAUUACAUGCUAGGUUACCCAAAAUCUUGAACUUUCUCAUGUGAAUUCUGCAAUCACAAACGUACAAUAACCCCUGCAUCUCAAUGUCAACAGCUUCCAAUACCAUGAUAAUAUAUUAGGUCUACAGUACAAGUUUCAGGUUGUGUCAGGUUGUGUCAGUAUUUCCACUACCUCUGUAGUAGUUGUUUCAGAGUCCGAUGAGUACCACACGGGUAUCCAGAUUACUAAUACAUUUUUGUAAUUGUAAUAUAAUGUUACCCUAUAUCACAAUAGUCAAAUAAAAUAUAUACAUAUAUGUUGA